AUGAGCCGGCAGAAGGGGGUGAAGCUGGCCGAUGUCCGGGUGGGUGCUGGGCAGCAGUUCCUGCAGGUGACACCCGGGCAGGAAGGCAGCCUGGAGGACACGUGGCAGGUCAGGAGCAGCUGCCAGUCCGGUCGAAUUGUGGCUCUGCAGUGCUCAGAGUGUGGGCUGCAGGCGGGGGUCCUGAGGGUGGUGGGGGGCACAGACGUGUCCCCCGGGCGCUGGCCCUGGCAGGUCAGUGUGUGCCAGGGCUCCCAGCACCGCUGUGGGGGCUCCGUGCUGGCCCCCGAGUGGAUCCUCACAGCAGCUCACUGUGUGCACAGGCAGCUCCCAGCCCCAGCCUGGCAGGUUUUUGCGGGCAUUGUCACCCAGGGCUCGCUGAAGCCCGAGGCGGGGGUGCCCGUCCGGGACAUCAUUCCGCACCCGCUCUACAACGAGAGCAGCCUCGACUACGACAUCGCCCUGAUGAGGCUCCAAGUGCCCCUCAGUUUCUCAGGUGCCAUCCGAGCCGUGUGCCUGCCGCCGUCCCCGCAGGACCUGCUGCAGGGCACGCAGUGCUGGGUGUCGGGCUGGGGCUACACCACCCCUGGCCAAGCACAGGUGGCCGGGACGCUGAAGGAGGCUCUGGUGCCCCUGAUCGGCACCCGGAGGUGCAACAGCUCCUGCGGGUACAGGGGUGAGCUGACGGCCAGGAUGCUCUGUGCAGGACACCUGCAGGGCCGCGUGGACGCCUGCCAGGGGGACAGCGGGGGCCCGCUGGUGUGCUGGGAUGGAGCCAUGUGGCGCCUGGUGGGAAUUGUCAGCUGGGGCCGGGGCUGCGCUGAGCCCAACCACCCCGGGGUCUACACCAACGUGGCUCAGCUGCUGCCCUGGAUCCACCAGGUCACCCAGGGGUAG